AUGACACUGGAAACCACGAACGUGACAGGGAUGAAGGGCUUCAACGGGUCUGAGCGGUGCCCCCGAGACCUGAAGACGGCACAGCUGGUGUUCCCGGCCAUCUACACUAUUGUUUUCUUCAUGGGCAUCCUGCUGAACGCUUUGGCCCUGUGGGUGUUCAUUCAUAUUCCCAGCUCCUCCACCUUCGUUGUAUACCUCAAAAACACUUUGGUGGCUGACUUGAUAAUGACGCUCACGCUUCCAUUUAAAAUCCUCUCCGACGCUCGUCUCGGACCCUGGCAGCUCAGAGCCUUCGUGUGUCGUUUCUCUGCCGUUAUCUUUUAUGACACCAUGUACGUGGGCAUUACACUGCUGGGGCUCAUAGCCUUUGACAGGUUCCUCAAGAUCAUCAGACCUUUUGGAAAAUUCUUCGUACAGAAACCUGCUUUUGCAAAAGGGGUCUCAACCCUCAUCUGGCUCUUUUUGUUCCUCCUCUCACUGCCAAACAUGAUCUUGAGCAACAAGGAAGCAACACCAUCUUCUGUGAAAAAGUGUGCCUCCUUAAAGGGUCCUCUGGGGCUGAAAUGGCAUGCAGCAGUGAAUUACAUUUCCCAGUUCAUCUUCUGGACUGUUUUUGUCCUAAUGCUUCUCUUCUAUACGGUUAUUGCAAAAAAGGUGUAUGAUUCUUACAGGAAGUCCAAGAGUAAGGACAGCAAGAACAACAAAAGGCUAGAAGGUAAAGUGUUUGUUGUUGUGGCUGUUUUCUUUGUGUGUUUUGCUCCGUUUCAUUUCUCCAGAAUCCCAUAUACUCACAGUCAAACCAACAGUAAGACUGAUUGCCGACUGCAAAAUCAACUGUUUCUAGCUAAAGAAGCAACUCUGUUUUUGGCAGCAACUAACAUUUGCAUGGAUCCCUUAAUAUAUAUACUCUUAUGUAAAAGAUUCACAGAGAGGCUACCGUGCAUGAAAGGGAGGCAGACUGCAGCAUUCACUCAGGAAAAUCAUACGAGUCAGUCAGACAAUAUAACCCUAGGCUGA